UUCCAGAUCUUUAAUGAGGCUUUCUUGACGAUACUUGGAUCUAACCCAUCUAUCCACGAAAUUGCAUCCAGCGAUACGUUCGCAUUUGCGCAUGAAGCACCGAUAUACGUCUCGGAAACUGACGAGGUUUUCUUUGCGAGCAAUGGAGGUGGGAGUUUAGGGCACAGCGAUAUCAACCACAACAACGAAGUUGGUAAAAUUAGUAUGAAGGAUGUCGAGGUCGCCCUGGCGGCAAAUUCUUCUGAGAUCAACGUUUCUGUGACAGAGGUCGGUCUUGUCCUCCCAGACACGGUUCAAAUGACAAAUGGAGGCACAGGACCCUACAAAUCCAAUUUGCUUCUUGCAACAUCCGGACGCGGCGACCUUCCGCCCUCACUUGUACUCGUCAACCCCAAAUCUCCAAACAACGCCACCGUGCUGGUAGACAACUUCUUCGGACGUCAGUUUAAUUCCGUGAAUGAUGUCAAGGUACACCCCAGUGGAAGCGUGUUUUUCACGGACCCGGACUACGGAUAUCUCAGCCAUUUCCGACCUCUGCCACUACUUCCAAGCCAAGUAUACCGCUUCGACCCUGCGACGGGCACUGUGCGCGUGAUUGCGACUGACUUUGACAAGCCUAAUGGGAUUGCCUUUUCUGCGGACGGCAAGACAGCCUAUAUAGCGGACUCUGGCGCUGCGGGCGGGUUCCUUGGGAACAACCAGACGCAUCCUGCCACUCUAUUCGGUUUCGACGUCUACCCAACCACACAAGCAUUCACCAACCGCCGCGUAUUCGCAUAUAUAGAUGCGGGUAUUCCAGACGGCAUCCAAGUUGAUCCUCAAGGGAAUGUUUAUGCUGGAUGCGGCGACGGUGUCCACGUAUGGAACGAUAAGGGAACAUUGCUUGGAAAGUUUUUCAUUGGAACGACAUCAUCCAACGUGGUCUUUGCUGGAGAUGGAAGACUGGUUAUCCUGGCGGACACAAAAAUUUUCGUUGCGAAGAUCGCAGCGAAGUCGCCCUCACUGCACUGA